AUGUGUCUACUGAGCACUUUGGUCACUCUCGCGUCUCCGUUUUUAGCGGUCUCCGCUGCAUUCUCAGUGCAGGCAAACAAUGUCCUUACCAGCAUCUCUGCUAUCUCCGAGAUCGUGCAAGCGAAUGAAGAUGCCAUAACGCGCUAUCAGGGCGGCACAAUGGCCGCUAUCCUUAUGGGGCGUAAAGCUACGAUCCUUGGCAUGCUCUGA